AUGAGUGGAUACGACAGUGCUUUAUCUAUAUUCUCACCCGAUGGACAUGUUUUCCAAGUGGAAUACGCAUCCGAAGCAGUCAAGAGAGGUACAUGUGCUGUAGGAGUCAAGGGCAAAAACAUUGUUGUAUUAGGUUGCGAAAGAAGAACCACUUUAAAAUUACAAGAUCCAAGAACCACCCCAUCUAAAAUAUGCAAAAUUGAUCAUCAUAUAUUAUUAGCGUUUGCUGGAUUAAAUGCUGAUUCAAGGAUCUUGAUAGAUAAAGCAAGAGUAGAAGCACAAUCUCAUCGGUUAAAUUUAGAAGACGCUGUUAGUGUUGAAUACUUGACUAAAUAUGUUGCUGGUGUACAACAAAAAUACACUCAAUCAGGGGGAACUAGGCCUUUUGGAAUUGCUACUUUGAUUGCUGGGUUUGAUACUAAUGAUACAGUACCUAAAUUGUAUCAAACUGAACCUAGUGGUGUUUUCAAUGCUUGGAAAGCCCAUGCUAUUGGAAGAUCGGCCAAGACUGUAAAGGAAUUUUUGGAAAAGCAUUAUAAGGAUGAUGCUAAUGAUGAAGAUACGAUUAAAUUGACUGUGAAAUCAUUGUUGGAAGUUGUACAGACUGGUGCAAAGAAUAUUGAGUUGUCUGUAAUGAAACCAGGUGGUGUUAUUGAAAAAUUAACUAUAGAUGAAAUUAAGAAAUAUGUUGAUGAAAUUGAGGCUGAAAAGGAAGCAGAAGCAGAAAAGAAGAAGCCAAAAUCAAGAGAUUAG